AAGUUCAACCUUGCCUUGAUCAACGCACAGAGAGACGGGAAAAGAAAUACUAAACCCCCAAUUAAAACUGAGAGAAUCACAGAAACAAAACCUUUUGCUUUUUAAUGCUCCCUCUCUUCUCUCUGUCCUUUAUAAAAAAUCGUGCUUUCUUUUCUCAGUUUUUCUUUUUCUUUCUUUUUUUUAACAAAAAGAGCUUGAGAGAGAAGUGAGAAGCUAGGCUAUGGUCGAGCAGCAACAGCAGAAGAAUGAUGAUGAUGUGAAGAUAUUGGUAAUGACGACGACGACGACGACGGUGGUGGUGAUGAAAUGGCCUUGCUGAAAAUGGCCCAACCGAGCAAAACUACCAACAUCGACAAUGUCAACGCUAACACCACUUCAAUUCAUUUGCAACACCACCAAGUAAACCCAACAAUGGUUCAUGAUUUCCUGGGUAUGAAAGCUUCAGAUUCCCCUCUCGUUCUAGCUCCCAAGGCCACUGCUGCAAGGGUCUCUGAGGCUUCCGCUUCUGCUUCAGCCUCUUCCACCUCUGCUAUGGGUUCUGUUGGACAGGUGGGAAAUCAUCUUGAGGGCAUUCCAUACUACGGUCCAAAGAGUGACAUUUCUGGGACAGAGAUAAGCAACAGAUUGGUAGGAAGUAAGAGAAGUAAGUCGGACUCGCUUUUCAUGGGUCAUGAAUCUCUUGAAAGCUUGCAUUUGAUGAAGAUGCUCCAUAAUGGCGCUGGGGGAGAGCGACCUAGAAGGACAAAGGAAGAUGAAGUUUUACACAGUAUGCAGUCAAUGAGGCCUUCUUCUGCGUCUCUUAUAUCACUGGCUCCCACCGGUAGUAGACCUGAUGGGAUUGCUUCCAAAUGGGAGCAAUCUAUCCCUGUUAUAGGCUCUGCAGUUCAGUAUGGCACACGUGGUGGCCACUUUAUGCCUUUUAUGCAUCAAGUAUCAUCGGACAGGUUCAAAGAUACAAAUGUUGGUCCCGUUAUCUCUCCGGCAGCUGCUGAUGAAGGAUCUAGAACCGGAAUUAAAGUCCCUGACAUAUUAAGCUCUAUUAAUGCUCCUAGUGUUCCUGCUGAGAAAAACUCAUCAGGGGUAGUGCCAACUGGCAGCAGGCCAAAGUCGAGGGCUCAUAUUUCAGAUCCAGAAUCUUCAGUCCCUCCAAGUCGACGAGGCUUAACAUCCACCAGCCGACAAAUGACGAUAUUUUAUGCUGGCCAGGCUCAUGUCUUUGACGAUGUGCAUCCAAACAAGGCAGAUGUAAUAAUGGCCUUGGCUGGGUCAAACGGAGGAUCUUGGUCGACAACCUACUCCCCUAAAUCUGCUACGAGGCCGGCUAGUGAAAACCAUGCAGGCAAUCGUGAAUUUGAAGCAGUGGUAAACAUGCCGUUUUCACAAGAAUUUCAGGGGAGGAUAGCUGUUGCUGGUAAUACUAGUCAAGGAACUGGCUCUGGUGAACGAACCUCAAUACCAACAGGGGUUCCUCAAGGCGCCAUUGUUAUGGCAAAAGAAGCAAGAAAUCCGGAACUUACUAUCGACGAUAAGAAAGAGGUGCACGAGAUUCUCCCGACCAUUUGACAAUUUGACCCAGUUCCUCUCGAUCUAUUCGACCUUGUGAGCCAAUGAUUACUCGUAUGACCCGUGAAUAUUAUGAAUACCUAGAUUAAAAUUUUACUUCGAUAUUAACUCAUUUAUUUAUGAAUUAGGUUAGAGCACUACUGUAGAGCGUUGUGAGAUAGGUGCUC